GGUGGGACAAAAAGCAGAAUGCAAGUGUCAUGAAUGUAAUUGCAGUUUAGGGAAAGGCAGGUAGGAAGAGUACUUCCAAAGGUUAACUAACACUCCUUAGUGAGUGUGUCAACAUCGGAAUGGUGAUAAGAAAGAGUGAGAGAGGUGGACAAACAGCUUCCCUAGACGGCUGCUGUUGUGUGUUUCAUUUUUGUGUUAUAUCAUAGUUUAUCUUUCAAACGGGUGACUUGUUAUCAGGACUUAUUAUCAAAAGCAAUGGAUUUUUUCCUUGAUUGUGGCUGAUUUCUAAACUUUAACGUUUUUUCGAAUUUCAACGGAACUAUUUCCUUCUUGAGAAGGGCCAGCCUCAGUGGUCUGAUACUGCUGCGAUGAAUGCCUUCCUCAAGGGAGUGUUGGGGAAAAAAUCAUCACAGGAAAUCCCCACGAUCCCCAUAGCAGUGAAUGAACAGACAACCCAUGAUGAAGAAGAGGAUGAUGAGGACAAUACAUCUGGUUUCAAGAAGGACAACCUUCGUAGAAACUCACGCUUUUACCGCUCCAUGAGGAAGAAGCGCCUGCCUUCAUCGGAAUCUUCUCAGACCUCAGGCUCUAUCAAGGCUGUCUAUGAACCAGAUGCGGUGAGCAGAGUUAAAUCCUUAAAUGUGCAGCCAAGAAAACCUCAGGCACCUAUUACAAGGAGGAAUCCUGUACAAGGAGAUGGAGGAGGAGGAGGAGGAGGACCACAGAGAGAUGUGGCCUAUGCCUCAAACGGUGGGCACAGAGGCAAUAUAGCUCACCAGCCUUUACCUAAAAUACAAAACAUAGACAAGCACAAAAUGGAAGGACUCUCAAAGUAUACGGCUGCAGCCUGCAGUGUACAAGAAACCCAUGGGGACUCUAAAGGAUUUCUGCAACCUGGCUUUGAGACAGCAGAGGGAGAUGGCAUUAAUCCAGGAAUGGUGAUUAAUGAAAGAAGCCCUCAGGCGAAAGUAGAGUCCGGCCACAGCCUCAACAUCGUCAAAAACAUUGCCUUCCUAUACCAAGAGUACCGGGACACAUCCAAGCAGCAGGAAAUUGACUUGCGCCGACAACGCGAUGGACUCACUGUCAAAGCAGAAGCAUCCGGAGGGCUGUCAUCAAGCAUGAGUUCUCCACCAGUGGGGCAGCUACAGCUGAGGAACAGCAUUAACCCAAUGAGCUUGUGGCAAAACCUGGCGAUUGUACAGAAUAGUAGCCUGCUCAAUGAACUCUCACAGAAGGAGAUCAUCAUGCAGGAAGCCAUGUUUGAGCUUGUUAGCUCAGAAGCGUCCUACUACAAAAGUUUGGAGAUCUUGGAGACCACCUUUCUACAUAAUCCUGUUUUAUCCAACACCCUGAGCAACUCAGAUAUGCACUUCCUGUUCUCCAAUAUCAAGGAAGUGGUGAAAGCCAGUGAAAGCUUCCUCAUAGACCUAGAGAACAGGAUAGAGCAGUCUAUCUUGAUCUCAGAUGUGUGUGACAUCGUCCACCAACAUGCUACUGAGCAUUUCCACGUUUUCAACACCUAUGUUGUCAAUCAGGUGUACCAGGAAAAAACAUAUAGACGAAUAUUACAGGAAAAUGUGGCAUUUCGUGAUGCCAUUACGUCAUUGGAGAAAUUGCCCUGUCUGCGUGGACUAUCUUUCACUUCCUUCCUCAUUCUCCCCUUCCAGAGGAUCGUAAGGCUCAAACUGCUUGUUCAGAAUAUCCUUAAAAAAGUAGAAGAAAACUCUGAAAGGGAAACAAAUGCAAUUAAGGCACACAAGGAGCUGGAGCAGAUUGUGAAAGACUGUAAUGAGGGUGUAAGGAAAAUGAGUCGCACUGAGGAGCUUAUCAGCAUUGAGAAAACACUUGAGUUUAAGUGCAAGUCUGUACCAAUCAUCUCUCAUUCCCGCUGGCUGCUCAAGAAGGGUGAGGUGCAGCAAAUGUCUGGGCCUAAGAGCACCCGAACCAUUCGAAGUCGGAAAUUAUAUCAGCCUGUCUAUUUGUUUCUUUUCAAUAAUCUGCUACUUAUUACAAAACGCAACUCAAGCGGCGAUAAGUUUCAGGUUCUUGACUCUUGCACACGUGCAAUGUUGAGAACCGAAGAUCAGGAGGACCAGGGUCAGCAACUGGCAAACAUAUUUAAUCUUAAGCUCCUGGAAAACCAAGAAGAGCGGCAGGUCAGCUACAUGCUGAAGACCACCAGCAUGAGUGAUAAGCACCGGUGGAUAUGUGCUCUGACCCCUCAUCGGCGCACACGCUUUAUGUCUACAAGUGCUCAUCAACCAGACUCUCCUCAGGUCCAGUGUAUUCAGUCCUACACAGCUCAGGAGCCAGACGAGCUCUCUGUUGAGAUGGCAGACGUCUUGAACAUCCUGGAGAGAACAGAUGACGGCUGGAUGAUGGGUGAGAGGCUCCACGAUAGUGAGAGGGGCUGGUUCCCCACCCGGGUGGUGGAGGAGAUCCAGAACAAAGAAGUCAGGGCUCAGAACCGGAAAGAAGUCUUAAGGAUCCAACAAAACAAGAUUGAUGGACCACCCUCAGGAGUUAGAGGAGCGGGCAUGAGGGGAAACAGGCGCCCACCAAUGGUCUCCAAUCAUUCCCGCACAGAAGGCGUGCAAUAAACUACUGCCAAUUGAAGAAGUGCAGUGAACGAGAGGAAGUAAUAUAUACUCCUUAGUAUAGCGGAAAAAAAAUUAAAAGGACACAAUGUCACGUGUAAAUAAGUGGUUAAGGAUUGAAAGCACUUCAGUGGACAAUUUUUAUAAAAUUAAUUUAAUACAUUUUAUAAAUAUAAUGACACAAAGGUAGUUUGUAAUGUAUAUCACCAGAUGGAUGUAGUUUGAACAAAGCUAUUUUUUUUCAUGAUAAAACCUACAAAUAUUUUAUUUUUCAAAUACCCUCAGUCUAACAUUAAGAUUCAGAAAACAUUGUGCAUGACAGUCUCGUCUUUGACCUUGCUUAAACAAAAUAAAAGACAGCAGGGUGUGUUGCAUGUUUUUAUGUAGGAAAUGACAAAUCAGUUGUUACACAGUCAGUUAAUUUCUCAAAUUCUGAUACAAUGGUAUAAUUUAAUAAUAUUAUAUAUAUGAUCAAUCGAGAAAUCAUGUUACAUCAUACUAUUAAUUUUAUCUGCAGUGCAUUUAAAUAAAGAGUGAACUGAGUAUAUAAAUAUUAUUUAGGUAAUACUUGUUUUUGUAAUUAUUCAGUGCAAAAACAGUAGUUAUGGUUAUCAAAUAAUUCAUUUCAUUUUGUAAAGAAAAAAAAGUGCAGCUUUUUGGGGAUGUUAAAACAAUACCUAAUUUCUUAAAUAUGAACCUAAAAAGAAAAACUUGAAGUAUAGAUCAGUGCAUUUCACAAGUUAUCAAAAAUGUUUGAAUGUUUCAAUAGUUUGCCUAGAUCAAAUGGAAAUUGAGACACAGUAGCCUACUGCCCAAAAUUGUACAUCAAAUCAAAGUAUAUCUAAAGGAAGAAUUUAAACAUUUCAUACAUAAGUGUUUUCAAUGUGAUUAACUGCCAUUUGUUGCUUGCAUGACAUAUUGCAUUAUUCUUUCCAUUUCUAUAAUUACAGAAGUCCAGAAAUUGUGUUCAGAUUCCCUUUAUAAUAAAACAAUAACUUUCGAUUAGCUU